ACAUCCACUCACACGCACGUUUGUGCAUCCUGCCUCCUCUUGAUGCACCGGGAGGGAACCACGCGCGCUUUCACAAAGCGGCGGUGGAUUGUUAUCAUUAUCAUUUUUAUUAUCAUUAUUGUUAUUUUUGUUGUGAUUAUCAUGAUGCUUAUUAGGAUGCCGAUGGUGAUCACGGCGGACUAUUGGCAUCUUCACCAUCAUCAUCGGCUCCCAUAGGAAGGAGUACGCCGCCCGUGAUUUUCCUUUAGAUUCAUUUCAUUUCUGCAUUUUUUUCCUUCCUUUUUUUUUAGUACAGUGUUUGCUUUCCGGAACGCCGAGACCUGCCGCAACCUCCAUUCAAUGCCGUUGGAACAUGUCCUAUGUUCCUAUCCAAGAUGCAAGGUGUGCCGCCCCGCCCUCCUACCAUCACCAUCACCUUCACCACCACCACCACCACCAGCAGCAGCAGCAGCGCUCCCAGCAGGUCCUGGCCUUCCACGCUGCCCCCCCUGCCUACGAGCGCCCCCACUACAGCCGCCCCCCAUUCGAGCAUCCGUCCAACGAGCGCCCGCCGCCCGACCACUGGAACGCCCGUUUGCGCGUGAGCCCAGGAAAGCCCUUCCACAUGUUGGACCAGGAAGAGGUCCACCCUUUGCUGAUGCGCGAGAGGCGCUCAGAGUCGCACAGGACCAAGCUGCUGCGCCGCACGGUCAGCGUUCCCGUUGAGGGACGACAGCAUCCCGAGAUGGAUCACCGACCUCGGCGGAAGAGCAUAGCCACGGGGAAACAGCCCAGCAUGGACCUCCCCCCCAGCGCCCCCCUUCAACCCUUCCGACAAUCCGUGAGUAACCCCACCACCUGUUCCCUCUCGCUGCCCCUUGCGCCCCUCCGCGCCGCCGCCCCCGACUGGGGCAGGCGGGCCGGCGGCACCCCACCGCCUCAGCCCUUCCCGCUCUCCCUUGUCGCGUCGCCCAUCCUCGCUCCGCGUCAGCGGGGGCGACGCGACCCCAAGGGUGCCAAGAAGGGUGGCGGCGCGCCCCCCCUCUCCCGCUCGCUGCCCCUCUCGCCUUGCUUGUCGCUCCCCUUGCCCCGCUCGCCCUCCUCCUCCCACCCCUUCCAAUACUGGGGCGGAGCCUGGAGGGCCGCCGCUUGGAGUCCUGUGGCAGGAGGAAGCCUAAUUGCAACACUGCCCCCCGUGGAGAGUUUCCUGAGCAGGAGGUUGAAAGGCUCAAUCAAGAGGGCCAAGAGUCAGCCCAAACUGGAUCGAACCAGCAGCUUCCGACACAUGAUCCUGCCUCGCUUCCGCAGUGCCGACCAGGACAGAACACGCUUGAUGCAAAGCUUCAAAGAGUCGCACUCGCACGAGUCCCUGCUGUCGCCCAGCAGCGCGGCCGAGGCGCUGGACCUCACGCUGGACGAGGAUGCCGUCAUCAAGCCCGUCCACUCCAGCAUCCUGGGACAAGAGUACUGCUUUGAGGUGACCACGGCAUCAGGAACCAAGUGUUUUGCGUGUCGCUCGGCGGCCGAGAGAGACAAAUGGAUUGAGAACCUGCAGAGAGCCGUCAAGCCCAACAAGGACAACAGUCGGCGUGUGGACAACGUGCUCAAGCUGUGGAUCAUCGAGGCGCGGGAACUGCCCGCCAAGAAGCGAUACUACUGCGAGCUGUGCCUGGACGACAUGCUGUACGCGCGCACCACCAGCAAGCCGCGCACCGACACUGUCUUCUGGGGGGAACAUUUUGAGUUCAACAACUUGCCCGCCGUGCGAAACCUACGCCUGCACCUCUACAAGGAGACGGACAAGAAAAGACGCAAGGAAAAGAGCACCUAUUUAGGCCUGGUGAGCAUCCCCAUCUCCAGCAUCACCGGGCGUCAGUUUGUGGAGCAGUGGUACCCAGUCAUCCAGCCCAGUGUCCUCACCAAAGGGGCGGGCGUAGGGGGCGGCGGCAAGAUCAUCAACGCCUCGCUGCGCCUCAAGUCCCGCUUCCAGACCAUGAACAUCUUGCCCAUGGAGCUGUACAAGGAGUUUGCGGAGUACGUCACCAACAACUACCGCACGCUGUGCGCCGUUUUGGAGCCCGUACUCAGCGUCAAGAGCAAAGAGGAGGUGGCCUGUGCGCUGGUGCACAUCCUGCAGAGCACUGGAAAAGCUAAGGACUUCCUGUCGGACAUGGCGAUGUGUGAGGUGGACAGAUUCAUAGACCGGGAGCACCUUAUCUUCAGAGAGAACACUCUGGCCACCAAAGCAAUAGAAGAGUACCUCAAGCUCAUCGGACACAAGUACCUCAAGGAUGCCAUCGGGGAAUUCAUUCGCGCCUUGUACGAAUCGGAGGAAAACUGCGAGGUGGACCCCAUGCGAACGCCUCCCUCCGUGCUGCCGGACCACCAGGCCAACCUGAGAAUGUGCUGCGAGCUGGCCCUCUGCAAGAUUGUUAAUUCCCACUGCGUGUUCCCACGUGAGCUGAAGGAGGUGUUCGCAUCGUGGCGAGUGCGCUGCGCCGAGCGCGGGCGCGAAGACAUUGCCGAACGCCUGAUCAGCGGCUCGCUCUUCCUGCGCUUCCUGUGUCCUGCCAUCAUGUCGCCGUCACUCUUCAACCUGACACAGGAAUAUCCAGAUGAGCAGACGUCGCGCACCCUCACGCUCAUCGCCAAAGUGGUGCAGAACCUUGCCAACUUCUCCAAGUUCGGCAACAAGGAAGAGUACAUGUGCUUCAUGAACGAGUUUGUGGAGCUCGAGUGGGGCUCCAUGCAACAGUUCCUCUACGAGAUCUCCAACCUGGACAGCGUCACCAACGCCGGCGGCUUCGAGGGCUACAUCGACUUGGGCCGGGAGCUCUCUGUGCUCCACAGUCUCCUCUGGGAGGUCAUGGCCCAGCUCAGCAAGGACGCCAUCAUCAAACUGGGCCCGCUGCCCCGCCUCCUGAACGACAUCAGCAUGGCGUUACGCAACCCGCACCUGCAGAGGCAACCCAGCUACCAGGCCGAGCGCGUCCAGGCCGAGCGGCUCCUUUCCCGACCCUCCUUCAACCGGGGCCUUUCCUCCUCCGACUUCCACAACCUUGUCAUGAGGGAUCUUAACAGCUCCAUGGACGUCACCCGCCUGCCUUCGCCUACCUCCACCGGCGGGGUGUUGCCAUCCCGCUCCCAGAUGAGCUUUCAGGAACGCGAGCACCUCCUCCACCGAGCGUCGUCUAAAGACAUGUUCUACAUGUCCCGGCCCCCCCUCGCCCGCUCCAGCCCAGCCUACUGCACCAGCAGCUCCGACAUCACCGAACCCGACGGCAAGGAUUCCCGAAUGAACAGCGUGUCUAACCUGCAGUCGGUGGACAUGCUCAACUCCUCCCAGGCCUCCAUCGCCGGCAUGGGCAGCUUCGGGGGGCUGAGCGGCGGAGGCGGUGGCGGCCUGGGUUCGGGCCUGAGCGGCCAGCUGCGGGCCGGCGGCAGGUUGUCGGCCGGCUCCGGCGGCUCCAGCGUGUCCGGCGGCCUGCGGCUGAGCCGGCUGAGCCAGAUGGGCGCCGCCGCCACCGACUCGCUGUCCCAGCAGCAGCAACAGCAGGCCGCCGCCAUGCGCUACCCGCUUUCCUUCCAGAAUCCCCUCUUUCACCUGGCCACGGCGGAUGGGCCGCAGCACCACCAGCACCACCACCACCACCACCAGCAGCAGCAGCAGCAUAGUCGCGCUCAGCCCCCCGCGCCCCUGCUCCUGGCCCCCGAGCCUGAGCCCUCGCACCCCAGCUACGUGCCGCAGUUCGCCCAUGGCGGAUUCUCCCGCAGCGAGGACCUGUCCACCCUCAGGACCCGCGACGGCGCCCAUCUGGCUCAGCCCAGCAUCAUCCACUCGCACAGCUACAGCGACGACUACGGCCGGGCCGACUACGCCCGUCGCCAGAUGUCCGUCCACAUGCAGGAUAACAUGCAGCAGCAGCAAAUGAUGGGACUGACCUCCCAGACGGGCACCUCCCACUCAUCCUUGGCCACCACCCCUCCGUCCACCGUCCAGCCGCGAGCUCCGCCCCCUUCCGGCCAACGCGUCAAAUCGCAGACGUCCCACCAGCUGUCGGUCAGCAGCGCCGCCGCCCCCCCAACGGCCGUCACCGCCAAGUCCCGGCCGCAGAGCGGAAACCUCCUACAGUCGCCCGAGACGGCCUACGGGGUCGGGCGGCAGCCGCACGGUGGAGGUGGCCGCCAGCUGUCCGUCAAGGACAACACGGCGCCGGGGCUGCCGCAUCAACAAAGCUCGGUCCGGGAGUCGGGAAGUCCGCAGGGGACUGGCAGCCCCACCACGCAGCAGUCGCCCCAACAGCAGCAGCCCCAGCCGCAGCAGCAGCAACACCUCCUCAAGCCCAACGUCGGCAAACAGGGGUCCCAGGCGCCCGGGACGCCGGCUAACGAGAGGACAGUGGCGUGGGUGUCCAACAUGCCGCACCUGUCGGCUGACAUUGAGAGCUCACGCAUCGACCGCGAGGACUUCAAGCUCAAAGAGUACUCCAAGAGCAUGGACGAGUCGCGCAUGGACAGGGUGCGUGAGUACGAGGAGGAGAUCAACUGCUUGAAGGAGCGUCUGGUCAUGUCGCACAAGAAGCUGGAGGAGUACGAGCGCCGCCUGCUUACCCAGGAGCAGCAGACCAACAAAAUCCUGCUGCAGUACCAAAACCGACUGGAGGACAGCGAGCGCCGCCUGCGCCAACAGCAGCUGGAGAAAGAUUCGCAGAUUAAAGGCAUCAUCCACAGACUCGUGGCCGUGGAGGAUGAGAUACGAGGAGGACACGUCAUUGAGCCAAAAACAACCAGGAUUUUCCCAGAUCAGGGGAGGCGUCAGUCCAUCCUAGUGCAGCCUCGUCUCGCCCCCGUCCCACCCCGAGUGUCCAGCCACUCACAAAGCUUCAUGGAGGACAGUGUGGAAGCUAACUGGCUGAUGCGCCAACAGCGCCACGCGGCGGGCUGGCACGGCCAAAUGUCGCGGGCGCUUUCCCGUGAUGCCAUUGGUUGACAAAGGGAGAACGCGGGCCACUGGUCCCGGUCUGUGUGCUCUAAGGACGGUCCGGAACCCCAGCGGACCAUGUGAGGAGCUGCGGUGUGGUCCUCGCUUUCUUCUUUAUUUAUUCAUUGAUUGUUUUAUUUAUUUAUUUUGGGCAACGGGAGAACAGGACAUUUGUGCAUGGCUAUCCAAGAAAGGAUUGAAGGCGAGAGAGUGGUGGUGCAUUGUGGGUAUUGUAUUUCCAAGGUGCUUGACCUCUCUUAACCCUCCUGUUAUGUUGCGGGGUCAAAUGGAUCCAUUAUGAAAAGGUUCAACAAAUUACAUUUCAGAUUGAGUCACCAAAAUGGCUACUUCAACUCAAAAUGGUGGACUCCCUGUCUCGGGCAGAGGUCUUUGAGAGUUUUUGGUGGGUCUUGUUGUGGUAGACAUGUCCACCAAAUGUCAUGUCCGUUGAGGAAACACGUGUCAAGGGCUAAUUUUUUUUUCUCGAGCUUUCGUGGUCCCCUAAUUUUGUUUUUUUCCCGCAAAAUGGCCGUUUCAAAUCACAACAGUGGGCUCCCUGUUCAAUCUGGAGCAUGGGUUUUCGAGAUUUUUUGUUGCGUCCUGUUAUGAUAAAAACGUCUUCACGGCCAUCGCUAAAACUGGUUCAGAGACUUGUCUUUUUAACAUUCCAGGCAUUCUCAUUUCCGUGUCUGUCAGUGAAACUGGUGUCAGGGGCUCAUCUUUUUCUUUCCAGGCCCAUUUGUUGUCGGCUUUGUCCCCAAAAUGGAUGAUUUUCAACCAAAAUGGCCAUUGUGUUCUGGCAUGGGUCUCUGAAACUUUUUUUUUUAUGUUGGGUUAGAAUUGUCCACCAAAUAUUGCAUUGAUAAACUAUCGGGGUCUAUUUUUUUUUUUUUAUUCACACACACAGACACGUACAAAAUAACACAACAUGUUGUAAUUUAACCUCAACUUCCUGUGCAACAUACCUGCGUCCGAUUGGGGCUCAAUUAGCUGGAAGGAAUUUGCCAAAAAGUGCUGGUCUUUGAAAUUCAACCCAAAUGGGUGCCUGGAAUCAAAAUGGCGGCCUUCCGGCUCACUCGUGGUCAUGGCUGCUUGAGACUUGUUUGUGGGUUGUGUUAUGACAGACGUGUCCGUUCAAUUGCAUGCAGAUUGGAGAAACUGGUGAAAUGUUUUUUUUCUGUUUCAUUUUAUUUUGUUUUUAGAUUUCUUGAGAUGAUUGAGUACGUUUUGGAAGAGUUUUUUUUGUUUUUGGUAUGAAACGUCUCAUGCUUGGCUCUCAACAUAUAAAAUGUGACUUUUGUCCUUUUAGACACUUUGGGGUGAAAUUGACCUAGCCAGAUCUUAACAGGAGGGUUCAAGCUGAUUUACUUUAAAAGCAUUUUUUUUAUGAUGAUGAUGAUGAUUUCCUUCUCUCUCUCUCUCACUCUCUCUCGUAGUCUUUUGAAAUUAUCAUCCACAGAGGAUUGGUUGCCAUUUCAUUGGCUUUUCCGACACUUUUAUCCGCUGUUUUCUAUUUCUAUCUAGCAAUCUUAUUUAUUCUUACAGUAAUAGGAGGACUUGUCAUCUGAGAUCUUCCAGAGUCUCUUUAUUGAUUGAUUUUUUUUAAAAACCUUUUUUCUUAAUGGAGACAAUCUUGCCCAUAUCCACGCACACACAAAAAACAAACAAACAAACAAAAAAAGGACAAAAUGAUAUAUGUGAGUGUGUGUGGGUGUGCGUGUGUCCCUCAUCAACAAAGACGCCCCAAAAUUUGCACAUGACGCCGUCGCCAUGGAGCUCUCUGUUUACAAGCAAAAGGAUUGCUAUUUUAUACUCCACCUCGAUGGACUUUGGACGUUUUUCCUGGCGGAAAUUUGGAUUUUAUUUGAUUUUAUUUUUUUUGCCUGAAACUGAAAUCCCAUGGACUGCUCAGAACAAAGAGAUCCCUCAGAAUGAGAGAUUUCUCCGAAUGAGAGAAUCCUCAGCGUGAGAUAUUCCUGAGCCGGAAUGAAUGUGUGUGUACAUGUACAUAUCUACAGUAUAUGCUAUGUAUAUGUUUGUUUGUAAUAAGAUGCAGAGUGUACAGUUAUUUUUCUCCCCCCCACCCUCCCUCCAGUCUCUUCAACGUUUUUCUUCUCUUUCUACCGAUUGAGGUCGUUCCAACACAAAUGCACAGAGAGAGAAAAGAAAGAACAACUGUCAAAAAUGCGACUUUUUUUUUCCUAGCGUUUCUUCGGAGGGCGAUUGUAAAUACAAGCAGGUGAUUUGAUUUGUUUGGUCCAUAAUCAGCUGUGGCUUCCACUUGAUUGGUUGUGGGUUGUCGUUCAGAGAUCUAUAUUUAUUCCGGCAACUCUGAUGUAUUGACGCAUUAUUUGGGAUCCUUUGGUGACGUUGCUUUUUUUUUUUUCUUUCAUAAUACUAAGCGUGCCUCCUUAUCUUCUAUUUACUUAUUUACUCAUUCCUGGCCCCCUUCCUCUCUUUUGACAAGCCAUAUAAAAGCGUCCUACCCCCAAUCCGAACACCCUUGCCCCUGAUGCCUCCACUCUUUUUUGGGCGAAGGGGAUAGAAUGGAUUUUUCUUUUCCUUUUUUUUUUUUUGGUGUAUAUUGUUAGAAGAGUGUUGUGGAAGAGUGCUGUACAUGAAUGUGGCUGUUCUGAUGAUUUCCUUCUUGCUGUCAUAACAAUAAUAACAAUAAUAUGGAUGAUAAUAAUACUUGGGUUUUGUUGAUUGAUGGGGUCGGCGCAUGUGCAGUUGAUAAUGACCAUGUCGUAAUCCUUUUGGAGAUUACUUUCCUUGUUGUUUUGGGGUUUUUUUUUCUUUUCUUAUUUUCUUUUGAAUACACCGGAAAUUUAUAUUUUUCGGGCGGGUGAAUCUGGAGGUAGAAAUGAAAUAAAUUAUUAAAUUCUUAACCUGC